UUCCCAACUCUCUCUUGCUCUUACCUCUCUCCCUCCUCUUCCUUCACCGAAACUCUCUCUCUCAUUUCGAUAGCUUUUGGGACUUCAUCAAUGGCUGCAAAGAGGUUCUUUAACGAAUCCGGUUCGGACUCCGACCCGCCGUCUGAAAAACGGAUGCGAACUCGACCUUCUUUCGCUUCUGUAAUAGGAGAAGUGGUGAUGGUGAACUCCUUGAAGAACUUCUGCUCCGGCUUGGAGCCGAUGCUUCGUAGAGUGGUGAAUGAAGAGGUGGAGCGCAGCCUUGUACGGUGCACCCGCCCGCUUCAGCGAGUGCCCACGCUCCGAAUCCAAGCACUCGAACCGUCGAGCCUUGAGUUGAGGUUUGGCAAAAGUCUCACGUUGCCCAUCUUCACCGGAAGCAAAAUCGUAGAUGCGGAUGGUUCUCAGCUCCAGAUCAUUGUCGUCGAUACGAGAGGAGAACCAGCCAUCCCCCCCACUCUCCCUAGCCCGAUCAAGGUGGAGAUCGUGGUCCUCGACGGCGAUUUUCCUCCAGGAGAUCGCACUAAUUGGACGAGCGGGGAAUUUGAUCGGAACAUCGUUAGGGAGAGGCAAGGGAAGAGGCCUUUGCUCGCUGGAGAGCUGAGCGUCACCAUGAGGAACAACAGCGUCGCCACCAUCGGGGAAAUCGAGCUGACUGAUAAUUCGAGCUGGAUUAGGAGCAGGAAGUUCAAGCUUGGUGCUAGGGUUUCUCCGGGGAGCUACCAAGGCAAUAGGAUACGCGAGGCCAUGACUGAGGCAUUUAUCGUCAAAGAUCACCGAGGAGAAUUGUACAAGAAGCAUUAUCCACCGCAAUUAGGGGACGAGGUGUGGCGUCUAGAGAAAAUUGGGAAAGAGGGAGCGUUCCACAAAAAGCUUGGUGAAGAAGGGAUCGACACCGUCCAAGAGUUCUUGAAGCUGUCUGUUGUGGACCCUUAUAAGCUUAGAAGGAUUUUGGGACCUGGGAUGUCUGAGAAAAUCUGGGAUGCAACCAUAAAACAUGCAAGGACCUGUGAGAAGGGCAGCAAGCACUACAUCUUCCAAGGGCCCAACUUCAGCAUCACCUUGAACCCAAUCUGCCAAGUUGAAAGGGCUGUGGUCAAUGGGCAAAUCUACACCCACAAGGACCUCACAAACACCAUCAUCAGGCCCUAUAUUGAGAGUUUGGUCAGACAAGCUUACUUAAAUUGGAGCACACUGGAAGAGAUUGAGGUUCCUUACUACCCUGAAGCGGCUCAGCUAACACUAGGUGAGAUGGAGGAUCAGUACCCCACCACACAUUAUCACUUGGCAAAUAAAGCUUUUGAGGAGUACCUGCCAAGCAAUCAUGCACAGGUUGGGGCUGGAGCCGAUUGGCAGAUUACCUCAGCAUUUGUUUCCACCCCAUUUGAGCAUGCUAUCAGGUACAGCAGCAUCCCAGAGACAUCAUCCUCAUCUGAUGGCAACAGUUUUGCACCUCCAAGGUCUUUCAUGGAUGGGAGCUGAAUUAGGGUUCGAUUGACGCGCUGAAGUUCGGUGUAUAUAUAGCCAGCCGUGUAAUGUCGGAAUCGCCAUGUGAGGCAAGCAGCAGUUGCAGCUGGAGCCAUGGCAUACAGGAAUGAGUUUCCCCUUUUUGUUUUUGUCAAUUUUAGGCAUAGAAUACUGCUUUAGCUUGAAGUCUGAGAACUGAAUUUGCUUCAGGUUUGAAUAACUCAUUGUCAAAUAGAGGGAUUGUUAAUUCCAAGCAGCUGGUUUACAUUCUCUUUUA